GUCUGCCCAAGUUCCCAAAGCUCAAGCAGACCCCCAAGUGGGGCGAGCGGAAGAGUAGUAGAAGAUUUCACAGAGGAAUAGAGAGGAGGAGAGAGAGAAGAAGAGAGGAAAGCUAUCAUCGCCAUCAGCCGUCAAGGUUGCCGUGGAUAACUUCUGUUUCUCUGCUUCUUCUGCCCGACAUUUCCCGUCCUGGUGAUUAUUGGGCCGUGUAAUGCAGUUAGCAUUGCAGCAACCAUCAGCUUAGCAAGGCUCGUCAAUCUUGAAUGCAGAGGUAGUGAGAAGAAGGGCAGAGAGAAACCAUGGUGGUGGCCUCCGGAACUAAUUCCUAUACUAAGGAGAUAGCCAUCCGUAGGAGGAUUGCCAACAUAUAUAAUAAGAGAGAAGAGGAUUUCCCAUCUUUGAGAGAAUAUAAUGAUUACUUGGAAGAAGUGGAGGAUAUGACUUUCAAUUUGAUCGAAGGAAUAGAUGUCCCUGCUAUUGAAGCGAAAAUUGCCAAGUAUCAGGAAGAAAAUGCCGAGCAGAUAAUCAAUGCCCGAGCUCGUAAGGCUGAAGAACUGGCAGCAGCUUUGGCAGCAAGCAAGGGACAGCCUGCACAAGCCAAUGUGGUUGAUGUGACAACGGGUCAGAGCUCUCAAGCAGGGGUUGCACAGGGGCAGUAUGCACCUGCUGUGCCUGGAGGUGCACUUGGGCAACCACGACCAACAGGCAUGGCCCCACAGCCUGUCCCAGUUGGAGGUGGACCUGACUUGCAUGGUUAUGCAGCUGAUGAUGAAGAAAUGAUGAAGCUCCGAGCAGAGAGAGGCGGGAGGGCAGGCGGAUGGACAGCAGAACUGAGCAAAAAGAGAGCACUCGAGGAAGCCUUUGGUAGCAUUUGGAUUUGAUUUCUCCAUACAGUGGUAUCAGUGUCCUUGUUUGGGAAAUGCUGAGCCUCUCUUUUGUCAGAUUCUGAUUGUGUAAAGAAUAUCAGUUUUGUCAGCAUUGUUUGCUGUGUUGUUUCAAUGCAAGAACUUUCCAACACAUGAGUUCAUUCA